AUGGUGGAGUUUAUCAUGACCGUAGAUAGAUGUGAGCAUGUUGAUAUGGCUUUGAUUGAGAAUGAAAGACAAGUGACAGAUGAAGAGAAUGACUUACAACUUCAGGUCACAGAAAAAUUCAAGGAGAUGCAUGUGAGUGCAAAAUUGGGUGGUCUAGAAUGGGCCAUGGAACCUCAACUUGGUGUUACAGCUGCUGGUCCUUCUAGAGUAGAAGAGGAGGAGGAAGGUGACCAAUAUAUGGAGCCGAGUGUUGACCAUGAGAGAGAUGAUCCAUUUGGAGUUGAUGAAGAGUGGAGGUAUUUUAGGAAGGUUGUGUCAAUAGGUUCUAGCCAUACAUGUGCUAGCACCAGCCAACAAUUGAAGAUAUCAAUUGGAACACCACAUGGACUCACAAUACACACAGAUGCUUGCAAAGGCUUAGAGAUAGCAGUCCAUGACGUCUUCCAAGGUGACGUUGAGCAUAGAGAGUGUUUUAGGCACCUCAUGCAGAAUUUUAGAAAGCACUUUGAUGGAGAUGUGCUAAAGUACAUGUGGCCUUGUGCUUGGGCAUGUACUCCUAGGAGGCAUCACUGGCUUUGGGACAAAAUUGGAGAGAAUUGUCCAGCGGCAAUUCCUUACUUGCAAGCAGAGCACAAACAACUUUGGUCUCGAGCUAAGUUCUCAGGGGAAUGCAAGGUUGAUUAUGUGAAUAACAACAUAUCAGAGUCCUUCAACAACUGGAUUAAAGAGACCAAAGGGUUCCCUGUGGAUGUCCUCGUGGACACAAUUAGGGGUAUGAUCAUGGAAAAGAUAGCUAUGAGGCAGCAUAUAGCUAACAAACUUGAAGGGUCCAUUCUCCCUAGUGUUAUAAAUGAGCUAAAAAUGAAGAGUAGAAACUUGAAGUACACAAUUAAGGGGAGUGGUGGUCUCAAGGCUGAGGUAUCUGGAUUGACUAAGGACAACUAUCCUUGGAGGCAUGCUAUGGAUCUUGAAAGCAAGACAUGUUCAUGUGGGCAGUGGCAUAUUUCCGGUAAACCUUGCACACAUGUUAUUGCCUUUAUAGGUUCCUUGAGACAAAUAAAACUUGAUGACUAUGUGCAUGACUACUACUCAGUUCAUCGUUUCAAGGAUACUUAUCAGUUUGAGGUGAACCCAAUGGUUGGCAAGUCACAGUGGCCUAUUGUUGAUCUCGGGUUCCAAAUGUUGCCUCCAAAGCUUGAAAGGAAAAGGAAAGAAAAAACAAGUACUUCAAACUCCACCAAAGCUCCUAAAAAAUCUAAGGAGUCUACUAAACUUGCUGCUAAAUUACCACCAUCACUUCCUGUCAAAUCUAGUAAAAGAAAGGGAGGAUGUGGUACUUCAAAAUGCAAGAAUGCUUCCAAAAAGUCAAAGAAGAAUGCUACAGGAACCUCUACUUCUUCUGAGCCCCCUACUGAACUUGCUGUUGAACCUAGAAAAAGAAAGGGAGGAGGUGCUACUUCAAAGAAUGGUACAGGAAUAACCUCUACUUCUUUAGUCACUCAAUCACAUGGUACAGCUACAGCUAGCCCCUCUACUUUCUUAGCCAUCCAAGCACCAGUUAGUCCAGGACCAACAACAAGAAGGAUGGCAGCUUCUAUUUCUACACCAACAAUACCACCAGGCACACCAGUGAGUCCAGGGCCAAUAACAAGAUGA